GUAAAAACAACACAAACGAUACAAGUUCAUUAUGUAUAUAAACAAGCCCGAGCCCAAACUCAAGCUAGAAUAACGUCGGUUCGUUUACUAUUUAAACAUAUUUUAAAUAAUAUGAAAUGUGUUAUAGAUGGAUACUUAAUUUAGAAUAAUAUUUAAUGGGCCAACCGAGCUUAACUUUUGCUUCAUUAUUGAGCUUCAAGCCGAAUUCGAGCUUCAUUUUCGAGCUCGAAAAACAAAUGGCAGCUCAACUCGUUUGUAGCGCUACCAGGAUCCCAAGGCAAACUCCACAAGACGUCCCAGACUAUGUUUUGACUCUACGUGCCUCUAUUAGUUCAAUUUUUAGAUAAUAUAUGAGAGGUAGAGAUGGUUGCGUUUUGGCGGGAUGUCCUGUUUUGGUUGCAAUUUCUAAGAUCCCACAAAAUAUUUAAGUUUAUGAGGUUGACAAUUGUUUUGGUAUUUUGAAAAUGACUUCCCUCCAAGUUGUGACUUGCGAAUAGAGGCCUAGUUAGUUUUUCUAAUACAUGAGGUCAGAAUGGAACACUGGAAAAUUAUGAUCACGUAAUAGUGACAGAAAGGAUAGAAUACCCGACUCUUUGUGAGAGAAGAUCUAUCGGCGUAUAUGUUUCCCAAAGUUAUUACUGAUAAUUAUUACUGAUGUAAGUAAUGGGUAACCAUAAUUUCAGAUGAAACGGGAACCAUAUUUUCAGAUGAAAAAUUGUUUGUGGAUCUAUCACAUGGUACAACACCUAUGGGUGAUCAUUUGAUGUGGAUAUCUAAUAUUGCAAAGACUCAUAGCUAAUCCAUUCCCUCUAAUUUUAUGAGUUCUUGGCUAAUGUCAGUAGCAUAAUGCUAAAGAAUUAUUUGCAUCCACGGGUUACUUUUGAGAGGUGAAGUUUUUCGAGUCUUGAAACAGUUCAGAAAGGAAAAGAAGUUGAGAGAGCUAAGUUUAUUAAAAUCAUGACUGAAAUGAAGGAAAAUUAUAUGUUUGUUGUUUCUUAAUUGUCCGACAUUAUGUUUAUCAAACAAAGCCAAUAUAUAGUUUCUGAUUUACUACUUAAUACUCGUUCAUUGCAUGACAUUCUUGAAACAAGUCCUCUUCAGUCUUCCCUCCCCUAGACCACCCCCUAAAAAUAUAUAUAACAAACUAGACCACCCUUUUUUUCACCCUAUUUUAGGCCAUCAAGUUCCAAAAUCACGCUUUAUUUGUUCUAAUCCUAAUUAAACUUUAUGCAAUACAUCUGUCUGCCUAAUUAAUUUUUCUAAAUAUUUGAAUUCCAUAAUUUAAUCGAAUGCUAAGUUAAUUUCACUUACCUAAUGACUUUUCCCUCUAUUUGAACCAACAAGAGUCAAGCCAGUAUCCAAUUCAAGUUCUAAACAUUGGGUGAGAAACUUUUUUUCAACUUGCUUUAGUGAGAGAUUCCAGUUAUCCAAACACUUGAGCUGGAACGAGAGUGACUUUCAUGAGUUUUCAAAUCGCUGCUCAAAAGCAAACCAUAUUGCCACCCUCAACCAUCAAUGUCAUUCACCUAAUAUUUUACUUGGCCAAAUCCAUGCAAUUUCAUUAUCUUGAAAAUAAUCAGCUGACAGCUACUCAAAACAAAUUUCAACAAAGACUUCCCAUUUUCGUGCAUUACUUUCACAAAAAAUGGUAUAAAGCAAACACUGGCAUGAUCUACUUUCCAAGCAAAAAUUUAAGCUAGCAACAUGACCAACUCAUCAUACACUAGUUCUCAAUUUUCUUGGAUAACCGUUGUGUGCAUCACUUUUCUACAAGCCAUAAAUGGUACCCACUCUAUAAGUUCUACAUAUUCAUCCCUAAUUGAGCAUCAUUACAACAUGUCUCAGGUGCGACUUAACUAUCUGAUUGUAGCUUUUGACACUGGAAGGCUCUUCGGAUGGUUUUCGAGCACUGCGGCUGAGUAUCUUCCUAUGUGGAUGAUCUUAUUGAUAGGAUUGGUCUUGGAACUAGUUGGUUUCGGCGUGCAGUACUUACACUUGAUAGGCAAGGUCUCCUAUCUAUCUUACUGGCAUGUACUCUUACUAAAUGUUGUAGCCGGAACUAGCAUUUGUUGGAUCAACACUUACUGUAAUCUAGUAGCUUCUAGAAACUUCAAAGACAAAACCAUAAUCUCACUAACGUCAAGCUAUUCUGCAUUGGGUGGAAAGUUAUACACAUUGUUAGUCGAAGGAAUUACAGGGAAAAGGGAUUCUCAAAACUCAAGUAUUUAUCUCCUCAUACGUUGUGUUGUUCCAACCGUGGUUGGGUUAGCUGUGGCACUAUUACUUAGCUGUCAAAAGCCGAUACAAUUCGGAGAACCAGACAUCUACCCAGCAGUGUUUUUGAUUGCUAUUGUAACCGGAGCAUAUGCUUUGAUUGAAAGCAUAGCACCACCUUUCAAGAACAUGUCCCCACAGCUAAGAAUUAUAAUCUUAGUUUUGGUGAUAGUGCUACCAUUUGCGGUGCCACCGGCCAUAAAUGCAAGCUUAUUCACACUAAAGAAAUGGAGCUCACAAGUGAUGCCCGAGGUGUCUACUAUGGAUAGUAGCUCAAACUCCCAAAGGGUCAUAGAGAUCUGUUGCAAUGGAGAAAAAGGAGGGGUUAUAGAGAAGGAACAGGUCGAGCAAGCCCAAGAAAAGAACAGGGAUAGUAGCUCAAACUCCCAAAGUAUCAUAGAGAUCUGUUGCAAUGAAGAAAAAGGAGGGAUUAUCGAGACGGAACAGAUUGAGCAAGUUCAAGAAAAGAACAGGGAUGUUGAGGUGCGAGAUGAGCAUGGGGUGAAAGAUCUACUGACGAGUCUGGAUUUCUGGUUAUUUUUUUGGGUGAAUGCAUGUGGAAUUACACUGGCAAUGGUUUAUGGGAACAACUUAGGGCGAAUAUCUCAAUCUCGUGGCAACAAAGAAGUUUCAUUUCUACAAGUGCUAUCCUCUCUAUUUGGCUUUUUUGGGAGGGUCUUCUCAGUCACUUUUGAUUGGUACACAAGGGAAAGGAAAUUAUUAUCAAGAUCAGCACUGAUAGCCAUCAUAAUGAUUCCCAUGCCUGCAUCAUUCUUCUUACUCACAAGUGACAGCAGCAUAUGUUUGUACAUUAGUACAUCCAUUCUAGGAGCCUGUUCAGGAGCCAUAGCUGCCAUAGCUUCCUCCACAACUUCUGAACUGUUUGGCUGUCAAAAUGCGUCCAUUAACCAGAACAUCGUUCUCACAAGCAUUCCUGUGGGUUCCUUACUUUUUGGGCAUUUAGCUGCUCUCAAUUAUGACAGAGAAAGAGGCAGCAAUUAUGGAGAAUGCACAGGGUUCAACUGCCAUGAGAAGACUUUCAUCAUCUGGGGAAUUAUUUGCUCCAUGGGAACAAUUCUAAGCUCUGUUCUACGUCUUCGAACACAAAAGUUUCACACCAAUUGA